UAAGAAUUCAAAAACAUGGCUAACUUGAUUCGACGUCCCCCCACGUUUGAGGUUCAAAGGUGGCGUAAACCCCCCCCCCACGGCAAUGAAGACCAAAACUUCAGUGAAAGAUUACGCCCAGGACAAGUUAAGGCAGGGAUGUUGGCGAUCUGGUUCCUCGUCGCUGCACUCCUGCUGGGUGGUAUUCGUUCUGCUCAAGACGACACCUAUUACUGCUUAGCUGAGGACAACGAACGCUACGAGUACUUCGGAGAGCUGACGUCCUAUGAGAACGUUCGGAAUCAAAGACUUCCCACUAAGUUGCCAAAAUGCACUCCAGUGGCCCUGUGGUCGUUUAUAUCCAAUGGAGCUACAUAUCCCGACACGUCUGACUAUAAUUCUAUAGCACUCAUGCAAUUACAACAGGGCAUUAUUCUAAAUAACAGUGAAAAAAGAAAUAAACUCUGCCACGAGGAUUUUGACGCCAUACAAAAUUGGACCGACGGUUUACGCAAUUGGCCCCCUGAAACGUUGGAGCCAAAAUACAAAAGCUUUAUAAACAAUCUUGGGCAGAUUUACGUUAACCGCUACCCUGAAAUUUUCAAAAGCGCGUAUGAGGAAAUAUUUGUACGGAUCUCUCCGAGGAAAAACUCCAAGGAAACAUACGAAGAAUUUAAAAAUGGGAUGAACAAAGCUGGAUUCAACGUGUCGACCAUAUAUGAGUCUGUGACGCCGGUGGCGCCCGUCACGACCAAUUGCUCGCAAUGGGACCAGAGUCAACUAGCAAAGGCAAAUGAGAAGCGAGAUGAAUUUAGAAGGGGGCCAGAGGUGAGCCAGAUGCUUAAAGAAAUCAACGAAAGGCUUGGCUUCCCGAAGUUCGGAGGACUAGCGAUGUCCGAUAUCGAGGCAAUGUACAAAAUGUGCAGAUUGGACCGAAUGUUCUCCAAUCUCACGGACUCCCCUUGGUGCGCUGCUUUCAAGCCUGAACAUCUGAAAGUGUUGGAGUACGACGAGGAUCUGUACUCUUUCUACUUAUCCGGCUAUGGAAACCCGUUGGUAGAUGAUAUGGCUUGUCCUUUGCUAAAAAAUCUCAUGGAAACGCUUUACAACAACACUGUCAAUGGGACUUCGCCUCAAAGCGUACUAUAUUUCGGCGAUGUCACGACUCUCCGGUAUAUUUUGACCGGGCUGGGUAUUGUUCAAGAUGACGACGGGCGUGGGCUUUCACCUAAACCGGGACCCCUUUUGAAUGAAAGGCAGUGGCGACUGUCUGUGAUAUCUCCUCCAUUAGCCAAUCUUGCUGUUGUGCUUUAUAAGUGUACCUUUGGAGUUAAUUAUCAAUUAAUGUUCUACCUAAAUGACCACCCGGUUGACUACAAAGGGUGCAAAGUUGGCCUAUGCAAUUGGAACGACAUUUACAACAGUUUUCAAACUGCAAUCAAAUCUGAGUCCUGUGAUCGUGAAGUAGUGUGUAGUGAAUCGUCAUCCGCUCCAGUCGGUUACUCGACUAGUCUCGCAUGGCUAGUUCUUGUAAUCAGUGCCGUAAUCUAUUAAUAUUUAAUAUAAAUCUAAAAAUAACAAAACGAGCUUUCAUUUAGUUGUAAUUUAGCAACCAAACACCAAAUUUAGCUGAUUGCGAAGAUUAUAGUGAGGUACUGAAAUGGCCGGCCAUUUACAAUUGAUAUUUAUAUUUUAUACCCUUACAUUGUAUGUUUUAAUUUGUUAAGCUUCAUUUGAAAAUGUAUUAGCUACAUUUGUUAGUCUUCCUGUUAUUAAUAAAGUUCAUUUAUUUAACUUUUCUUUCAUAAUGUAGAUAAAAUUGAUUUACUGUGUAGUUAUUUUGUGUUUAUUUACCAAUGGUAGGAAGUCUAAUAGGAAAGCUGUUUGUACAAAAAUAGAUGAUAAUCAUCGUGAUUGUAAUUUCGUUGUAAACAAAUUUACAAUAAAAUUAUUUAUUAAAUUUA